AUGUGCAGGGCGCAGGGGGAUGCUGUGGCCGGGUGGCGCGGGCGGCGGCUGCCCGGGACCGUGCUGCUGCUGCUGGCUUACGUGGGCUACCUGCUGCUGGGCAGCACGGCGUUCUGGGCGCUGGAGGGGCCCGCCGAGCGCCAGUCGGCGCAGCAGCUGCUGCAGGGCAAGUGGGAGCUGCUGGGCAAUUACACGUGCCUGAAGGGGCCGGCCCUGGAGGGUCUCAUUCAGGGUAUCAUCAAGGCCUAUAAGAGUGGCCACACCCUCCAGGGAAACUCCACCAGUCUGGGGAGAUGGGACUUAGUCGGUUCUUUCUUCUUCUCCAUCUCUGCGAUAACCACCAUCGGCUAUGGGAACCUGAGCCCCAACACUGUGAGUGCUCAGAUCUUCUGCAUCUUCUUUGCCCUCUUUGGGAUUCCUAUGAACCUCAUCCUCCUGAGCCGGAUUGGGCAGCUGAUGCUGUCUGGGGUUCAGUGCUGUGCCAAGCGCCUGGGGGAGAAGUUGCGCUGGCAGGAGGCAGCAGCCAUACUGACAAGGACCUGUGCGCUGGUGACUGGCUUUUUGCUGUUCCUCCUGCUACCCCCAUUUCUGUUCUCUGUGAUAGAAGGCUGGACCUAUGCAGAAGGAUUCUACUAUUCCUUCGUUACCCUCAGCACAAUAGGCUUUGGAGAUUAUGUGAUUGGGAUUAACCCAGACCUUACCUACCCUUCCUGGUACAAGAUCCUGGUAUCUGUGUGGAUCCUCUUUGGGAUGGCCUGGCUGGCCCUGGUCAUCAAUCUGUGCAUCAGUUUGCUAGAGAACUCUAGUGACCUCUGCCAGUGCGGCAAGAAGAAGAGCAAAGAGUUGGACCAGGAGUUAAUGGAUUGUAACAAAAAUAGCAGCCCGAGCCCUGUUGAUGUGGAGAAUGGCAGCAGCAAGGACACAAAACCUGAAGGUGCAAACUGAAUGGAAUGCACAAAGCUCCUCUGAGACAAUGUGAGCUUUGCAGAAGGAACAUCUGAUGGACCAGUCCUCUUUGGUGUGCCAGGAGUUGUAGCACCGUUCUGCUUAGAAUGCUUGGCGUAGAGUUCAGCCAGACGGCAGAACUGAGUUUGGGGAGACUCUACUGUGAAUCAAGUGAUUGAAAUAAAAUGUUGCAUUUUCAUAUUGUGAGAGAGAGAAGGGAAAACCAAAAGCACUUUUUAGUGCCAGUGGUUCCAGGGCUUAUUUCAUCCCAACGCUUACAAAGUCUGCUUUUGAUCUGGACACAGACUGGAUUGUAAAUAGUUUGAUAAAUGGGAAAAUCUGAAAAAAGAAAUUGUUGAGAUUCUCAUGGUAUAAAGACCACAGUGGUCUGUGUGUUCCUGUUAGCCUACUGGCAUAUGCACUAGUACCUCCUGAUGGAUGGAAUGCUAGAACUGCUCAUGUGGCAGUCUGUCAAGCUCAUGAGACUGAUCAAGGGGUUUCCUGUUGAAAUAACUCCCCAGAAAUUAUUUGUACUGCUUAAAAAGAGCUUAUGGAGUCUAGUGCCUGGUACCCUUUGGAUACACGUUCCCAGUCUGCUCAUUCAGUCUUUCCUGCUGUGCUACCAGCAUCCUAAAUCGUGCAUUUUGAAAAUCUGGUCUUUUAGGCCAGGUUUCAGAUUUUGGAUGAGUCACCCACUGUCUGCAUGGGACCCAUGUUCAAGAAAAGCAAUGGGCAGAAGAGAAUGUGAUGGAUGUAAAAGAUAGUCUUUUGAGGUAGAGGGUUCAGCAUUUAGAAAUAUAGAGGGCCAGAAGUAUGACAAUACAGAUACUUGAGUUGUUCAGUCUCCCAGGGUCAAAGGUCCUGGAGUGCUUCCAAAAAGUGGAAGCUAUGACUGUCAAGCGUUUUAAAAAAAUUAAUCGUGAUUAAUCGCGUGAUUAAAAAAAAUUAAUCAUGA